AUGUCCCCGGCACACUCCUACGAGGGAGAUCAAGACGACGAGUUGGCAGGGGCACGUUACGCAUUCCCUCCGAAACAACCGGUCCCACCACCAGAUCGGGACCGUCGCUCCGCAGCCCCGCCACCGGCAUCCUCGGACGAAGUUCACCGAAAGUCAUUCCGAGGGCCCAAGGUCAACCUCCCGGAGCCAUUCGAUGGAACAAAAAUCAAGGCAAAGGCAUGGCUUGUCGAUGUAAUGAACUACAUCGUCAUGAAGCCCAGCGAGUUCGAAGACGAACAAAGUAAAAUUCGCUGGGCAAUGUCGUACAUUCGAGGGCCACAGAUCAACCACUGGAAGGCCUCCCUAUUGGAAAGAAUGAUGGGAGGUCCCCCAGUCUAUGCCACACUCCAGGACUUCAUCGCAGACUUCAAGAAAAUGUACUACCCUGCGAACCCAGAACUGGAAGGUCAGCGAAUGCUGCGCACUAUGCAGCAAAGGUACAAGCCUUGGGAAGAAUUUGAAGCCAAAUGGGAACAUUGGGUCAAGGUCUCGGGGUACAGGGAUGAGCAGUUGCUGCUCCAAUUACUUAGGACGGCCACGAGAAAAGAGCUCUGCGACAGAGUAUGGGCGUCCGAAGGUAUUAGCCGGGACGUCAAUAGCUACAGCCUGUGGAAACAGGUUGCAGCUCGGCUAGACCUUCAACAGCAGCAGCAGUGGGCAUCCACCUUCGAGGACCGAAAGGGCAAGGGGAAAGCCAAGGACUCCAAAACCCGACAAGUCCAUUAAGAGAAAGGUUCGACAACGGCAACGGUCAACGCAGUCAGGACAACGGGAAGGGCGCCCAUCAGAAACAUCGAUGAGGCAGGAAAAGCGGUGCCACAC